UCAUAAUAUACUAUACGUACCAUUUUUGUUCGAUUUCUAAUUUCUAUUUUUCAGCGAAUCAGUGAACUAUAUUUUUAUUUUACUCUUUGUUUAAACUCUGAGAAUUUAAACACAAAAUAAUGUAAUCUGAAAAACAUGUGUUAUUUAAUAUAUUUAUAAACAGAUAAGAAGUUUAUAAUUCUGUAAACAUGUUCAAAAAAUUGAAAGAUAAACUUGCCGAAGAAGUGAAGUCAUCACCUCAAAGAAUUCAACAAUUUGCGCAGGCUGCUCAGGCAGCAGUAACAUCAGCGUCCAGUAGUAUAUCUGAUAUAACAAAUAGUGAUUUAUUUUCUAUUGGUGAUAAUGAUGGAUUGCAAAACCGACCUAUUAAGCCUCAAACAACAAGUAGUCAGCAGAACCCUUUUCAGGACGUACCUCUCAUACAGCCUACAGUGGAUUCACAGGAUUAUAUAUCUACACACGACAUAGCUGAAAAUCAAAGGCAAAGACGUUUAUCGAACAGUUCAUUUGCUAGUGAUGUGUCCUUUAGGCUACCUAGUUAUGAAAGCCCGUCGAUGUAUCACUUACAGUCAGACAUGGAAAUAUCUGCAAGCGAAGCUGAAGAAAGAGGCUUUUCUAGUAGCACGGUUAGUCUUGAUCGUGUUACGAAAGAACAACUUUAUGCAGCUUAUAGACGAACACAGGAAAGAUAUACAAAGUAUAGAACCCAAUAUGCGGAUUUAGCACGCCAUUAUAAACAACUGGAAAGAGAAAAUGCUAAAGCAAAGAGUGUAUUAGUGGAAACUCAAGAUAAGGCUCUUAGAAGAAUUUCAGAAUUAAGGGAACAAUGUGCUCUGGAGCAAAGUGCCAAGGCACAUUUAGAAAAAGCCCUACGGGUUGAUAUUGAAGAAAGAAAUAUGAAAAUUGAUGCACUAAAUACUAAAAUAGUGCUUUUACAAAAUAAUGAACAUAUUUAUAAUAAUGGCCAGAAAGGUGAAAAUAUAAUUGAUAAAAAUCAACCAGGAAAUGAACUUCAGAUGAGCAAUUUAUCCACUAAUGAUGAAACAAAGCAAACUAAUGUUGAAGUACCACCUGUAGAAAUAAAUGUAGUCACCAAUAAAAUUGAAAAAAUGGAACAAUUACUUAACAAGUACAAAGAAUCCCUCAAGACAGCAAAAGAAAAAAAUUCUCAAGUAAUUGCAGAACUACAAAUCUUAUCAACAGAAAUGGAAAAUAAAAAUAAAGAAAACGAGCAGCUGAAAGGUGUCGUGUCUGAAUUAAAUGCAGCAAAACAACGAAUUGAGGAAUUAAACCUUACGAAUGAAGAAUUACAAAACAAAAUCAAUGCAUAUGAUUUCAGCAAAACAAAAGAAAUGUCCACAAUGGAAUUAGAUUUACAAAAAGCAAAAGAAGAAAUAGCUCAAUUGUAUGCCAAAAUUGAAGUAUUUGGCAAAAGAGAGGAAGAAUAUGCAAUAUCUCUUGCAGAGAACAAAUUAAGUAUACAUAAAGAAUUAGAGAGUAAAGAAGCUGAAAUAAAAUCUUUAAAAGAUGGUUUAUCUACCACAAAAACAGAACUCCAUUCAGUAAAUAUAGUUGUUAAUGACUACAAAAAUAGUACAGCUUUACUGGAAGAAAAAUUAUCUAAAUCUGUAAAUGAGCUCAGUUUAGCUAAAAAUAAGAUAACCGAUAUGGAAGUACAAAUACAAUCACUCACACAGAAGUCACAAUCUUUAGAGCAAACAAAAAUAAAAUCUGAUGAAGAAUACAAGUGCUUACAACUGCAACUAAAACAGGAAACUGCAGAAAAAUUAGCUAUGAUUGAUAGAAAUGUAUAUUUAGAAAGUAGGAAUUCCCAGUUAACAGAAGAAAACUCCAAUAAAAGUACACAGAUAAGCAAUUUAGAAAAUUACAUUGAAAAUUUGAAAAAAGACAAUGAAGAUAAUAUGUUAGACCUUACAGAAAAAUCUAAGAUACUUGAAGAAUUAGAUGUUUGGAAAACGAAAUAUAAUGAUUUAGAAUAUGAAAUUCAAGAAGAAAGAGAAGAAUUAGUAAAAUUACAAUCUGAAAUUGAAAAGCUUUUAGGUAAUCAUGAGCUAAUACAAAUGGAGAAUUCGAAAUUACAUGAUAUUGUAAAAGAUUUUAAGUUACAAGUUGCAAAAUUAGAAGAAAAUAAUGCUGUUAUAGACACUUUUAAACCGAGCAUUAUGAAACUAGUAAAUGAAAUUAAAUAUGUAAAGAAAAAUAUAAUCAAUAUGGGACAAGAGGCAAAAACAUAUAAGAAUGAUAUAAGUAAUAUUAUACCCGAAAUACAUAGAAGUAUUACUUUGAUUUCUAAAUUAUCUGAGUCUCAAUACUCUAAUAAUUGGCAAGAAAUACAAAAAGAAUACGAAAAUUCUCAAGAGAUGUUACUGAAGGUUAAUAAUCAAAAUGAUAUGAUUUCAGAAGAAUUAAAUAAUUUGCAGAAAAAUAAUGAUAACUUGGAGACAAAACUACAAGAAAGCCAAAAGGAGAUUGAAAAUUUAAAAAAAGAACUAUAUAUUGUUACGAAUAAAUUUAGCGACGUCAAAAAAGAAAAUGAACAGUUGCAUUAUAAUUCACAACAAUACUUAGAAGAUAAAGAAACUAUGCAAAAUAAGUAUCAACAUUUGUUGAACGAAAUUGAAUUGUCCCAAAAGGAGCAACUAAUAGUUACAGACCAGUAUACUAGAACUCAACAUAGCUUGGAAGAAGAUAUUAAAAAUUAUAAAUUAAAACUUCAAGAAACCCAAUCACAACUGAACUACAUUAAUACACAACAUAAUGACGAUGUUGUGAAAUUUAAUACUUUAAAAGAAGACUAUGAAAAGAUAAUAAAACAAUUAAAAAAAGAAUUGGCUGAUAAAGAAACAUGUAUGAAAAAAUUAGAUGAACAGUUACAAUCUGCAUCACAGGAAAAUAUGUCACUUAAAAACCAAUCUGAAAUUCUUGCAAAGAAUUUCAAAAAUCUUGAAGUUGAAAUUGAAGAAUUACGCAGAGCUCAUGAUAAAAUAGAAAGGGAAAAGAAUAAUCUAAAUGCUGUGAUAGAACAGUUGGAAAAAAGUCAAUUAGUGCAAAGUAAUAUAAAUCAUAAAGAUACUCAAACAGAUACAUAUACAGUAUUACCUGACCAAAAUACAAAUGCGUUAUGUAAUAUUUACAAAGAAGAUGAAAUAGUGCCUAAAAAUUUUGCUACCCUGGAUCAAGUAAAUAAAUCAUCUGAAGAUGUAAGAAAAAUGGAUUAUGAAAUUCAGACAUUAAUACAAGAGGUCAAUUCACUAAAUUCGAAAAAUAUUGAACUUCAACACGAAAUUAAACAUCUCAAAGAUGUCAAUAUUGAAAUGUCAAAUAAAUUAUUGGAACAAAAUAAUAUAAAUAUCGAUCAGAUUGACAAUUUUGGAAAAUAUCAAAUUUUACAAAAUGAAUAUGAUUCAUUAAACGAAGAAAAUAGACGAUUACAGUCAGAUGUUGAAGGACUUCAAACAUAUUUAACAAAAAUAUCCAAAGAAAAUGGUAUAUUAAAUGAUAAAAUUAGAGAACUUAUAGCUUCAAGUGAAAAUUCUGUAGAUAAAAAUGAGAUGGAAACUUCAUAUUUGAGUGAUUUGAAAAAUGAGAUUCAGCAAGGAAAAGAUAAAAUUGAUGACUUGCUAAGAGAAAACUCCAUUUUAUUAGAAGAAAAUUUAGAACUGAAAGAUCAGUUACAGUCACAAAAUUAUGUACAACCAAACAAUAAUAAUGAUAAAGAUAUGGAAUAUGAUGCUAUUAAUGAAAAAUAUUUAAAUGUUCUUGAGGCAAAGAAAAAAUUAGAAGAUCGAUUGUUGACUUUAGAACAGAUGAAUAAUUCUGUAAAUGGUAAUAUACAUGAAAUGCAAGAAAACAACGAAAAAUUAAGACUGAAUAACGAAAAAUUAGAAAGGCGACUAGAUGAAGCGCUUGUUAGUUUGAGACAUUUACAUUCAUUGCAAGAAAACACCGAAUUAGAAUAUUUAAGAAACAUACUUUAUGAAUAUCUUACAGGUUCUGGAACCCAUUCCAUUACAUUAGCGAAAGUUCUUUCAGCUGUAGUAAAAUUUGAUGACAAACAAACACAACUAGUACUUCAAAAAGAAAAAGAACGACAAGGGCUUCUUCGACAGCUGGGUCUCACAUGAUAAUGUUUGAAGAAUCAUGAUGAAUUUAUUGAUACCAGUUACCGUUAUUGAAUAUUAUAUUGCAAUCAAUGAAGGUUAUAACCUUGAUGUUGAUCAGAAAUCUAAUGAUGGGAAAAAUAACUCUAUACAUAUAAAUUCGAAUUAAAGAUGCAUAUAUUAUCUGGAUGCGAAACUUGAAGGAUUCCAAUGCUUUAUGCCGGAAACAUGUUUGCGGAACUAACUGGUUCCACUGGAUCAUAUCAUUUCACAUGUACCUAGCAGUACAGCUGGAGCAAUUUCAAUCCAGUUUAUUUAAAUAUGUUAUAUAAACAUGAACAUAAUAAUAUAAUUAAUGUUGUAAGGAGUUUUGCUUUAAUACUUUCAGAUAAAAUGUAAUUGUUUAAAAAGAAUGUAAAAAAUUAAAUUUGUACUACUACUAAUAGGUCUUCAGUAAUAUUAAAAGAAUAUUCUUUGAACACUUGUAUUAGAAAUCACAAACAUACAGUCAUAUAAACUUCCUCAAUCUGAAUGUUAUUGUAUCCUUAUUCAUACUAUGCCAACAAGCACUGGAUAUAAUUAGACUAUAUUGGCCCUGCAUUUGUUUAUAUGGACUUGCAAAAGUAAUUCAACAUGCAAACAUCUAGUGUGUUUGAAACUGUAUCAUUCCAGUAAUGGACAUAAUUGCUAAAAAAUUAAGUAUUAUAUUUAAAAAUAAUAAUUUUGUCAUUUUAAUAUAAUACAAUUUUUUACUAAAUUCUAAUGAAGUUAAUAAAUCAGUUUAAUAAUUGAUUUUUGUUUCCAUCCAAAUUAGAUAAAUUUACUAAAAUAAAAUAUAAGAAUACUUAAGUUAUUUAAUGUCAUG